AUGGCUACUAACGGCGGCGAGGAAGGAAGUCUGUUUGAUUUGGACACAGUGCGGUCAUUACAUAAGACAGUAAUUGCUCUGAGAACGGCUCUUGAGCGAUCGAAAGCGGAGCUCGAGUUGGUGAAGAAAUCUUGUGGCGCCAUGGAUGAUAAAAAGAUUGUGUGUCAAAACUCUGAAGAAACUGACGAGAUCGAGUUAAUAUUUACAACAGAUGACAAUAUGAAUGUGUCACCUAAUGAAGAUCUUGUAUCUAUAGAUAAUGUUUUGGAAACUGAUAUAUCAAAGUGUGGAGCAAACUCCAAAGAAAUGACAAAUUCUAAAUAUCUCAGUCCAUUACGGCCUAUUUUAAAGGAUAUCACAUUAAAAACACAAGAAGUUGAAGCACAGACAGAUAUUACCGCUUUGCCGCUACAAUGGCGUUCUGAAGGAUUUUUAAUCAAUCAGGCCAAGACUACAUCAACAAACACAACAUUACCAUCCAAAUUUAUUGUACCAGUUGACAAGAAUACACGCAAACAAUGUUUGCGUGUAUCUAAAAAAACUACAGAAUCAAGAAGGGUCAUGUUGUCAGACAUUAAUUUUACAAGUAUGGUGCCAGAGUUAUCAAGGAGUGUUGAUCACUUGUGUCGGCAACCAGGACCUCUCACUCGUGAACCAUCGAGAUCAAAAUUUCCGCGGAGUCCUGGUUAUUUUUCUGUUGGUUCAUCAUCUUCACGAUAUGAUUUUGGUUCGGUAUUUUCCGUACAUUCGUCAUGUUACCGAUGUCAAGUAAGACCGUCAGUUAUGUCAUUAGAAGCACGACACAAUGCAUCGUGGUCAUCAGUACCAUCUUCUCCAACUAAAUGCCGACGAUCAGCAAGUGUUCCAUGUGAACCAUGUGCAUCAUUACAAGAUGUAAAGUACUCAUCUACUGCUACAUUAAAAGCAGAAGAUGAAGUGCCAAAGAAAAUCAAAAACAGAGUAUCAUUUAAAGAAUCAGGGAAAUUGCGUUUGUCAAUGCCGGAUUUAAGGAAAUCAGAAGGAGACUCAACUGAUUCACUUAUAGAAGAAUCUGAAUGUGUUGUUCGUAAUGCUAUAGACUGUCUCAUCACUGGAUGUCCCACAGGUAUCAAGGAAUGUAAAAAGCACAGACGUUAUUCAGAACCGUAUCACGUGAACAUAGAGUGUUGUUCAAUGAAAGUGCAUGGCAAGCCAUAUUUGCCAAAGUCCAUAUACGAUCUUCAAUUGAACGCCUAUGUCAAAGUUAUUACAAGCUUUGGUAAAGUAGUUGGUGGGCGACUGCGAUAUAUAGGUCAUGUAGCGACUAUGACAGAGCCACUAGUAGGAGUACAAUUUGAUCAAAAGAUUGGUGACUGUGAUGGAUCUUUAAAUGGAAUUAGAUAUUUUGAGUGUGGAAUCAAUAACGGACAGUUUGUUCCAUUUCAAAAGAUUGUUAUGGCUUGGAGAGAUAUUUAA